GCUUCUACUUCUGCACUGCCUCCCCAGUCCUCUGCCAGCUCUGAGAGACGGCGUGAUUGUUCCCAUUUCACAGAUUUGAGGAACUGAAACCCAGGGGCCUGGGACCUCGCUCCUCCUCCUCUGGGCCAGGCCGUUCAGGGGUGGCUGGGUCCAUUGCCUCACAGGAACCGCUGCGUCCUCCAGUUUGCAGUCCCAACGAGUGUCAAAUGAAGCACCUGCGAAUGCUGCUUCUUUUCUGUAGAUGCGGAUCGCCCAGGACUGGAAAACAGGAGCAGGUGCGUGAGCUGAGGCUGAGGCCGGCUCUGUACGUAAAGGCUGCGGAAGUGAUCCGUGCCGCCUGCCGCCUGCUCCAGGAUGCUGCCCACCGCUGCCAGCCGCAGGAGGACCUUUGCAGCCAGAUACUUCACCCGCUCCAAAAGCCUGGUGAUGGGGGAGCAGAGCCGGAGCCCCGGGCGGCCACCCUGCCCGCACAAGCCGGGCCCCGUGCUGAAGGCUGGCUGGCUGAAGAAGCAGAGAAGUAUCAUGAAGAACUGGCAGCAACGCUGGUUUGUGCUGCGUGGGGACCAGCUUUUCUACUACAAGGACAAAGAUGAGACCAAGCCUCAGGGAUUUAUCUCCCUACAAGGGACCCAAGUGACCGAAUUGCUUCCUGGCCCUGAAGAUCCAGGCAAGCACCUGUUUGAGAUCAGCCCCACAGGUGGCGCCCGCGAGCGGGAGAAGGUGCCGGCCAACCCUGAGGCACUGCUGCUCAUGGCCAGCUCCCAGCGGGACAUGGAGGACUGGGUGCAGGCCAUCCGCCGGGUCAUCUGGGCCCCACUUGGCGGAGGGAUCUUCGGACAACGCCUGGAGGACACGGUCCACCACGAGCGCAAGUAUGGCCCCCGCCUGGCGCCCUUGCUGGUGGAGCAAUGCGUGGACUUCAUCCGGGAGCGCGGGCUCUCAGAAGAGGGCCUCUUCCGCAUGCCAGGCCAGGCCAACCUGGUGCGGGACCUGCAGGACUCCUUUGACUGUGGCCAGAAGCCGCUCUUUGAUAGCACCACGGACGUGCACACGGUGGCCUCCCUGCUGAAGCUCUACCUCCGGGAGCUCCCUGAACCCGUGGUCCCCUUCGCCAGGUACGAGGACUUCCUCAGCUGCGCCCAGCUGCUCACCAAGGAUGAGGGGGAGGGGACUCUGGAGCUGGCUAAACAAGUGAACAACCUUCCUCAGGCCAAUUACAACCUGCUCAGAUACAUCUGCAGGUUUCUGGAUGAAGUGCAGGCCCACUCUGACGUCAACAAGAUGAGUGUUCAGAACCUGGCGACUGUCUUUGGACCCAACAUCCUGCGGCCACGGGUGGAGGACCCAGUGACCAUCAUGGAAGGCACGUCCCUGGUCCAGCACCUGAUGACUGUCCUCAUCCGCAAGCACAGCCAGCUGUUUGCCGCCAAGGCCCCGGCAGGGCCCGCGUCGCCACGUGGAGGCUCGCAGUGCACGGUGGGGUGGGACUCCGAGGAGGCCCCGAGGGACAGCCAUGGGGAGCCCGGCGGCCCAAGCCCGCCAGCACACAGGACCUCCUCGCUGGAUGGGCCUGCAGCCGCAGCCCUCUCUAGAACAUCCGUGGCAGGCCGGGGGCAGACUCUGCCCAGUUGGAAGGCUUCCUUCCGGCAGGGGGGUUCCCCGGAGGUGCCCAUCAUCUCCUCGGGCGGGAACUGGCUCCGGAACGGGCUGUCCUCUCUGCGCAGCCACCGCCGUGCCUCUUCGGGAGACCGGCUCAAGGACACAGGCUCUGCGCAGAGACUGUCCACCUAUGACAACGUGCCUGCGCCCUCCGGCCUCCAGCCCGGCACUGCCAGCUUGGCCAGCACUAAUUGGUCCACCGCCUCAACCUCCCGUGAGGCCUCGCUCAGCAGCUGCACAGCCUGCAGGGCCAGCGACUCAUCCACCUGCAGCUCCUUGCACACUGAGUGGGCCGUCGAGCCCUCCUCGCUGCCUAGCAGCAGUGAUGAGCGCGGGUCCCUGGACUUGGGUCAGGUGGGCAUGGGCAGGGUCCCUAGCAGUGAGCUGAGUGAUGCAGGCAGCCCCUCCUCCCAGGAGCACGCCCGCCGCUGCCAGGCUCUCCAGGAUCUGGUGUCGGAGCUCCGGGCGGAGCUGUGCCGGCAGAAGACAGAGUAUGAGACCAGCCUGCAAAGGAUUGAAGAAGGCAGCGCUGACUUGAGGAAGCAGAUGUCGCGCCUGGAGGAGGAGCUGGACCAGGAGAAGAAAAGGUAUAGCAUGUUAGAGAUCAAGCUGAGGAACUCGGAGCGGGCCCGCGAGGAUGCCGAGCGGCGCAACCAGCUGCUGCAGCACGAGAUGGAGGAGUUCUUCUCUACCCUGGGCAGCCUGACCGUGGCCGCCCCUGGCACCCACGCCCCAAAGCAGCAGGAGGGACAGUGAGCGCACAUCCACAGCUCGGAAGCCGCCUGUCGGCAGCCCUACCCACUCCGAGCUGGCUGCAGGGAGCCAAAGUCGUGGUCCACCCCCUACAUUCCAUGCAGGACUUGGGGACUGGGGGC